AUAGAAUGGCUACAAACGCUGGGAAUUUAGUAGAUCGUUUAAGUAACUUAGUUGAAGCCGUACCUCAAGCACCAACCCCACCCAAAGUAAUCGUGACUUCAAAUCUCAACGCUCAAUUGGCAGUCACGAAAAACAUAACAGCCGCAAGUAAACAAAGGGCAACAAUUUCUGCAGCGAAGAAAGAUUGGAAAAGAGUUAACAAACAAAAAGUAAACGAAUUGGAAAGAAGAAGAAAGGAAAAACUUUCAGCCCAUAUUGAACAGCUGAAGAAGUUGAUUCCAACCAAUGGUAUAUUGCUAACCACCAAGGUGGCCAUUGUGGAACAUGCUUGUAAUUAUUUAAAAGAAAUUCAGAAGAAAUUGCAAACGUUGGUAGAAGAUGGAGUGACAGACAGUGUGGCCAAAGAAUUGGCUCGACUUCGACAGCAAGUGGAGUUUUAUGAAAAAGAAAGAAAAGAAUAUCAAGAAAUAUUAAUCACCCACGGAAUCCACCCCAUGAUAACAGGGAGGAAGAAGGCCAAGGUUGCCAUUUCCAAAUACAGUCAAUUAAUUCCAACUUCCAGUCAAGAAGUAAACAACACUUCAGUUUCUUUGUCUGGAAACACUGGAAUUAAACAAACAAGUUGUAUGACAUCACAAACAAGUUGUAGGACAUCGCAAAGCAAAAUUGUUUCCAUGACAACCACAUCUGUUAAACAAACAAAUAUUCCAUUGUCACCUGUUCAUGAUGUAACACAUGCUUGUUCUUGUGUAACAAUCACCACUAUGACAUCACACACCACCAGCAGAAUAUGCAGAGAAAACAAUCAACCAGCGGAUUGCCGAGUAAUUUGGAGUCAAUCGUGGAUAUCGGAGAAAGCAAAGAACCUUCCCAACCUGCCCAUGGUGCUUACUGAUGCUGUAAGAAACCAAAAACAUAAUCUGGAAAACAAAGUCAAGCAGUUGGUGCAAAGUGCCGUGAACUCGAACGGAAAAUCCACCGUCAGUGUUUCAUCUGUUAACGAGUUGAAACAAAUGAGAGCAAAAACUUCUGGUUCGAAUAACUUGGCUGAUGGUUUAAACGCAGAGUCAAGUGGGUUGCAAACAUGGCUACGUACUUGCUCUGAGAAAGAUAGGAAUAAAACAAAGCCAACGCCAAUAAUUGAAAAACUACAACAACCAUUUUCUAACAAGACGAAAUUAAAACCAAAUUCUUCAGUUGCUCAAAGUCCUGAAGCUUCAUCACGGGCUUUGAAUUCUUUCAACAUAGCGAGUCUUAUGAAGUCACAAUCAAACCUUUCAAAAUCUCCGCAAUCUGUGGGCAGUGUUAACCUCACUACGGUUCAUGCAACACAAACAUCUGAUGUUUAUCCAGCAACUCAGAAAGAUAAUUUUGCUCAAUCUUUUGAAUCUGAUUUUUUUGAUUGUUUUCAAAAUAUCUCAAGUCUAACAGCACCUGAAACUCCACAGAAACAAACAAUCGACUCUUUGAGCAAUCAAGUGCAGAAAAGUUUACAGAAAACACCUAAAGACAAAAGAUUAUGCAACUCAUUAUCUUUAGAGUUAAAUGACAUUUUUCGAAUUGAUUCAACAGUUCAAACUACUGAAGCUGGAAAACUGGAUCAGUGUCCAAGUGAUUUAGAAAACACUACGAUUACAAAUCUAUUGAUGUCACCACAAGAUACCCCUGCUCGCCCAAAGCAGCAGAUACAACAUGUUGAGUUCGCACCGGUACAACGCCUUACACACCCUGUUUCAAUAUGGCAACCUGCUAUUACUGGAUGCAGCACAAAAACUAUCACAACCUCUAACAGAGCACACCACGGGCACAAGCAGGUUGCGCAAUACUCAACACAAAAUGCUGAGUCUACGACCUGGAAUCAUCCUGAUAAGGACCUACAUAACGUGUCAAGAAUUAUAUCGGUGAAAGCUCACCCUCGAUUCAAUGCAGGAGUUAAGAGGAAAUACAACCAACCAGCCCACCAGGAGCCACCUACAAGCGUUGCCUGUGUGAGGAACAACCACACAGAUCAAUCCCACAAACCAGUUCAUACCAGUAUGAACCAGCACAGCAACCCCAGUGUUGACCGGUCACUUUUCGGACAUUUUACCAAUCCGUCUGUGGCAGUUGUCACUCAUGUGUCAACCCUGCCACGCCACAACCCUGAAUACCACCAGCCAUUCAAUGAACUUUACAAUUCUCCUUCGGUGCCAGAGUAUUACCACCACCCCACCACAGCAGGGUAUAGGUUCUCCUACAACCCUAACAUUUCAGACUACCCAAGUCACCCAGUAUACAUACCCCAUUUACCAAAUGCAAAUAUAAACUAUAACAACAAUAACAGCAACACAGAUAUAAAACACAGCAGGGCUUCUCAACACCAUAUACGACAAAUUUUAAGCUGAAUUCCAAUUGAGAUUGGUAUCUUAAUGUACACAAUAAAACAUUGUUUAUAACUAUAUUUAUUUUCUUUCUUGAAUAAAGCUAAAAUGAGUUCCGAUUUA